UAGGGGUCACUGAUGUGUGACACAAUAUUACACCACCGAACCCAACUUCGUGCACAAAUCUUCUGGUUUUUUCUAAACGAUCAACUUAUUAACAGUCCGGAUGUAAUCCUUGUUGAAGCAUAAAAAGUCAUGACCAAAAACAGUGGAAACAAGAAACAGACGAAAAGCCAACGUCGAGAAGAGCUUGAAAGGAAAAGAGACGAUCGAGUGAGGCGAAAUGCCAUAAAGAAAGAGCGGAAAGCGAAGGAGUAUUUGGAAGACGAUGACACUUUUGUUAGUUUUUCAAACCAGUUGGAGGCUUUGAGUUUGAAAAUCAAGGAUAUUCCUGGAGAUGGGUGAGUUAUAAAAUAAGCCCGUUACGAAUUUCGCGCGAGUCGGUCGACCUAAUACAUUUUAUAAAGAGGUUUUGCUUCCACGAUUGAUUUUGCUUGAUCAUGUCACAAUAGAUGGUUUUCACAGUGACGUCAUCAAAUUGUAAUGUCAAAAUAGCGAGGUUUUACGAAUUCUUAUUUACACUAGGUUGAAGAUAAACAAAAAGUUAAUCUUUGUGCAAGUUUUCAGUCCCAUAGCAUCUUUCAUUUCGAAAAUACAGCAAUUUGAACUUCCGAGUUUUCACAGUGCGUGACACCAAAAUAGGAAUGCUGUCUCGUUGAAAAAAAGUCUCUCCUCUUGAUUUUCAGCAGUAUAACCAUUUCAAGUAUUCGAAGAUAUGUUUAUGCGCACGUAGACUAGUUCUCGAGUGAAAAGAAGGAGCUUUUAUGGAACAAGUGAACUCCAGAUGUUUUUGUUGAUUUUCGGCGGCCAUAUUGGUGCACCAAAACUGUGCACCAAUAUGGCGUCUCCAUACAAAGCUUUACAAAGAUGCGUGAAACGUUUCGGCAAAUAACUCAGAAACUGUGGGCCAAAAAGACCUGAGACUCGGACAAAUUGUUUAAAUAUUAGUCUUUUAUAACAUAUCAUUUUCUUGGCUUCUUUCACUGGACGGUUUUCAAUUUAUUUUUUUGUUGCGUGACAGUGAAAACGAUCUAUUGAUAAGUAAGUGCAUAAUACCCUACCACUUUAAAGCUGUAUCCCCUAAAGAGCUGGAUACUUGGAAACGCAGUUAUCCCUUUUAUGCGCUUUUCUACCUUCAGUGGCUUUAACGACAAAUAGACAUACUACCGUAAAGUUCCGAAAGUUAAACGAGCCUUGUCACUUUCGGAUUUAGCAGCCUUUUCCUAUCACUACUUUCGGAGGGUCGCUAAGCCCUUUUAGUAAAAUCCAACAAGUGGUCUAUUAUCAAUGCUGCAUUCUGAUUGAUUGAGCUACUACUAGGGUUUAUGUUAUAGCCCACUAGUAGCGAAAAUAGGCUUUUUACAUUAUGCUUUUGCUUCCCCACUAAAAUGCUCCACCUUAAUGCUACAUUUUUCCCACUAGAAGCAAUGACUAAAUGAAAACCAUACAGACAACAUGUACUAGUGUUGUGAAAUGAACUAACUCAGAACGAUCUAAUCAUGGAACAAAGUGACUGGAUACCUCAACUCCUUCACUGACGGUAGUCUGUUCCAAUGACAAUCAGUGCACGAUGUGUUGGUCUAGAUCUAUCAUUGAACAUUACUGCCAUUUCUCUACACAGAUCAGCAAUGAAUUUAACUUCUUCUAUUUUCCUAAUUUAGAUCACUACGAUUCAGAUUGGUGUUGUUCACUUCAGCAUAUUUCUGAUGCAUGAAAAUGAAAGCCAUAAAACUCUGGGAGGGGGGUACUCGACCAAUAUUUGGGUUUAGGUGAGCUGAUGAGGGUUUGAAACCCUGACCCUGUUUAGGACAAAAAAAUCCUAAAAUACAAACCCUUAAUUUUCAUUAGGACAAAGGACAAAAUGCACACCGUCUUCUUUUAAAGCCAGGAAUACAACUUUGAAGAGGCAGGGUAUUCUCAGUUACUCCCCAAGCUCUAAGCGACCAGUUUAAGUUGGAAGAGACGGGGUGGAGGAGAAAUUGGGGGGCCUUCAACUUUUUUUGGAUGGAAUAUGGGGGGCCUUAAAAUGCCAAAAGAUGACCUUGGGGGGGUCUUCAGGUUUCUUUUAAGUAGCAUCCCUACUGAGCAGCAUGAUGCUUGAGUAUUAAAGGACCUGAUUUAGAUUCAGUUUUAAACAAAGUCCUAUAGAGCGGUUUUCACUUGACUGUCGAAAGUAAUUGGUUUUGGUUUUGGUUUUAGUUUUACUACGCCCUUUGGUUGGCUAGUGUAUUUACUUUGGUUUUGGUUUUACGACAGUCAAGUGAAAACCGCUCUAUUGUGUAAUACUAAAACAAUUUAAUCAGCAUCUUGACAAAAAGAUUUAAUGCUCAAAUAGUAGGUGCAUCAACACAACAUCCAUUAUUGUGUAACACUGAAACAAUUUCAUCAGCAUUUUAACAAAUGAACACAUGCAUAAAGUCAUGUUAUGCAAUCUCACUAUCCAAAUCAUUAUUUGUAGAUGAGGUUGAUGUGGACUCAACUGUCUGUGUCACUGUCAAGUUUUUUGCUAUUAGAACAUGUACUGCUCAUAUAAAAAGCAGUAAGCUUUGGCUGAUUAUCUUCUUUCUUCCUUGAUCGGUCCUGUCAGCCUCUAACCUUUCGAUGGCUUGUCUUAUCUCAAUUAUAACACAAUCACUGAUAUAUCCUUGCUCUAUUAGCUGUUUGAGAGGCUCUAGGUGAAAUCUCUUUCUCAGUUUAGUGUGAAGUGCUUCUCUGUUGCUAGUUAGCACAUUCAGAAGUGACAGUGAGUAAGAACGGUAGAGUAAAGAAAAUGUUAUUUGUUAUUACCAUUUGGGUAUUAUGUAAGAAAGGAGGGCCCUUAAAUCUUUUAACAUGAUUGAAGGGGGGGUACCUAAAAACAUGGGUGCUAUUGAGUAGGGGUCUGGAUAUAAUUUGGGAUAAGAAACAAUUUCUCCUCCAACCCCCCCCCCCCCCCCCCCCCACAACAAUUGGAGGAAAAAAAAUAUUUUUUUUUUUAAUCCUUUUGGGGUUUUUGAAGAGAGGAGGGCCACUCAAUUUUUUAAAACUAUGGGAGGGGGGGGGACAAAAAAACAAGGUGCUUUUGUGGAGGGGGGCGGCUUUAAAUUGGGAGAAAAAAACCUUUCCCCCCCCACCCCCCCCCCCCCCCCCCCAGCAUAACAUUCAAAAUCUAAGGAUCAGUAUGGUGAAAAAACAUAUAAACAUAUCAUUUCUGUAAUUUUGAAUAUUAUCGAAAGAUUUCAAUAAAAAUGGUCUACUCCUUACUUAAAAUGUGUGUGUCAUCUUUCCUGUGAGGUCCAAUGAUCAAUUUAUGGCCAUUUUAUGGGUUUUUUUUGAGAAAACUGGACAGAGGUCAAUCAUUGAAACACUCUGUGAAUUGUUUUAACAAAUAGCAUGUUAUGUAAACCUCAGCUUAUGUUGGUACAUGUGUACUUAUAGAAAUUGCCUGUUUCGUUCUUUGGGAGAUCAGAUUGAUGGAGACCAUACAAGUCAUGCCCGUCACCGAAGAGAAACAGUUAAAUACAUGAGAGACCAUAGAGAUGAUUUUGAACCAUUUAUGGAGGACAACAUAACAUUUGAUCAACAUUGUAAGUAGUGACAUUUGAACCAAACCCUUUAGUGACUAUUAGGAAAUUAUGAAAUUAAGUUAUAUUUAAAGGUACUUUAAAUUAUGAGUUGCCAACUUGCAUGUCUAGCAGUGCAUCAAAUUGAAUAGCUAUUACUACAGGUAAUCACAUGAUUUUGAGUGCAAUUUGGAAUAAAUAAGCACAAGUAAAUUUUUUCAAAGGCUAACAAAAUUGCCCGAGCCCGUAGGGCGAAUGCAAUUUGUGGUCUUUGAAAAAUUUAUGAGUGCUUAUUUAUUCCAAAUUGCACAAGAAAAAUCAUGUGAUUACUUAUUAAUAAUAUUCAUGAAAAAAUUGUGAGAUAGCUUUAAAAUCUCUUUAAUAGGGAGUCAACACGUGUAAACUAUGUGCAAAAAUAAAUUAUUCAAAUUCUGCAAAUAUUGUCACACAUGCAGUCAAAACAACAUUUUGCUCCAUGUUUUUAAAGUUUGCAAGCUGCAGAAACGAGCUGAACAGUUCAUGGAAUUGUUCAAUGUGUUUGAAAUAAAGAUUCUGGGUUAUUACCUCAAGUUUUCCAUUCUUCAGAGAAUUUCUUCUUCCUCCUCUGAUACUUGCUGAGCUUUGUUUGGGCGCUUACCACAGCCAGCCAAGCAAAGCUGUUUUGCUUUGUCCUCCAACACCUCUUUGGACAAACUAAAUUCUCGGUCAUUUUCUCGGUGCAGCCUUUGUCCUUUAAGUGUCUAUCAAGCGAUGCCAUCAUUACUUUAAGGCUUUCUGGUUCAUAAUCUUCACCCUUUUUAUUGUUUACUUUGGCGUAGAAAUGCUCGAGCAAAGUGUUAAGCUCAGCCGGCUCAUAAUUUUCUAUGUCAUCAGUAAUUUUUUAUUUCCUUAUCUAUGCACCAAACAAAGAGCCAAAAACCAGUGCUUUUCACAAUGUUUUCGUUUUUAGAGCGGUUUUUCUUCUCCUCUACAUUUGUUUCAGUUGCAAACACCAACCAUUGCGGUUUUUGCACGAAACUGGUCUGCAGCGGAUCCAAAUUUUGCGCCAUUUAGAUGGUGCAUUUGAUUGGCUCUUAGUGAGUUCCUUUGUUUAUUAGCCAAUCAGAAUGUCAUGUUUGUUACUCUUUUCUGCACUCAAUUACCUUUUUUCUGCACUAUGUUACCCAAAAACUGCAUUCCUCUUAGCCAAUCACAAUUGAGAAACUUUUUCAUGUAUAUUAUUAAGAUAUAAAACAUAAAAUAAAAAAAACGAUAGUGUGUAAAUGUACAAAACUUAUUGUAAAAGUGGCUUCAAACCCUGCUUUAUAGACACCUCAUUAUCACGGACAGUUUUCUUUGUCCCUGGGAAAAGCCCUUACAUUUUCUCCAAAUUCAACCUGCUUAAUAUGGACACCCGUUAUGUAGAAAACGGUUUUGAUUAAGUAAUAUGUAGAUGAUCGAUUUCUGAGUGUUUCUAUGGAUUUUGUCUAUGGAGUGAUGGCUUUGUGAGGGUUUAGAGAUGUUUAAUUUGGCAAUGCUAAUGUUCUUCAUUCUUACUCAAGGAUUAUAAAAGGUGUUUGUUUUACUUUAAUAAAAUGACCCACUUAAUAUAGUUCUAAACCCAAUAAUACAGACACAUUCUAUGGCCCCUUCAGUGUCCCCAUCAACAGGGUUUGACUGUACAUUUCCAAGAAGAACAAGUUGCUAUGGGAGCAUACACUUCGGCAUCAUGGUACAAGUGGAUUAAUUGUGAAUGCGGAGGAAUAGUAAGAAAAUGAUAUUUUUCCGGAUACCCUUCCAUACAAAUACCCUUACUUUUCUCCUUUUGUGUAACAGACAUCUUAACUUCUUCACCGGAAGUCUGCUAGGUGCAUAACCACGUGGCUGUAACCCAUUUUGAUUAUAAUGUCUGUCAUAAAUAAAUUACACACGACGAGAUCUCAGUUCCACUUCCUUUAUCUCCUCCACAACAACACGUUCCUUGUACAUGUACAGUUAACUUCACACCUUCUUCAGCAAUGGAGCUUACUAACAUCGGUACACUCCCUGACAAAACUUGCCGAGAAUUCACAAUCUCCACACUAGGUAAGGUAAGGUAAGGUAGCACCUUUAUUUAAAGAGGGUAAACACAUGACAGUUAUGAAAAAACUGAUAAACUUGUGGCCCGCUAUAAAACAUAAAAACAAAAUUGAUAUUAAAAUAAUUUUACACUGUCACUAUAAAAAGAUAAAAGUUAACAUUAAUAGACACAAUUUAAAAUUAUUUAGAAGUUUGAACUAUUUAAAAACUAUUAACUAUCUAAAACAAGUUAUUUUACGGACUUAAUAUUUAAAAGAAUCAUAUUCAAAAUUACCUGUCUCUUUUUGCUUAGCAAUCAAAUUCGUAUACAAUUUCCUUUUUACAGAUUUCACAUUUUUUACCUUCUUUACGUCCAUUGACAGUUCGCUCCAAUUUCUAAUAGUUCGCACGCUAAAGGUAAAGCCCCCUUCUGUGUUUUUCUUAAAAACAGGACAAUGAAAAUUCAAAUUUGCAAAACAAGUGGAUCAGUUACGAAUCUCAGAAUUUGUCUUUAAUAUAGAAUUAAAAUAAUCUAGAGUUUUACCCUCUAUUCUCUUAUUGACGUAAAGGCUAUAGAACAUCUACUUAUAUAUGCCUCAAUAAAAAAUGAAAUCCAGUUAAGUUCAUUAAACAUACAAUGUGGUUAAUGUGCGUGUUGUUCUUUUGGCAUCCAAUAUAAUGCGUGCAGCUCAGCUCUUCUGCAUCCGUAAGACUCUUUGUAGCAAUUCUUUAUUACAUGAUGACCAGAUUGGACUCAGGUACAGCAUAACCGGCUUUUAGUGGCAAUAUAGAAAAUUAACUUGUGUCUUUGCUUGAGAUAAGGACUAAUAUGCCUCAAAAGUCCAAGUCGUUUUGACAGUUUCUUACGUAAUUCAUCUAUGUGUGCUUGAAAGCUAAGAUCUUUAUCAACGAUUAAACCCAGUAACUUGUGAUAAGAUAACUGGUCGACAUUUGUGGCGUCAAGGCAUAGUUUUAAGGUGGCUGUUUCCUCACUAAACUUAUGUUGUAACCUUUUUCUCGCAACAAGUGACACUUUAGUCUUCUUUUCAGUUGACCAUUUCUCGAUAUUCUCCAAGUCAUUAGAAAGAGCCUGAGUGAAAAAAGUGAUAUUAUUCCAGUUUGCACUCAAGGACUGAGGAUAGUUCAUGUGCAACAUUGAAACAUAAACGAGAAAUACAUAUCUCGCAAUAACAGUUGAAAAGUCAUUUUUUUUGUAGCGCCACUCAUGUUAAGCCCUAUUGGGUGGGGUUAGAAACUGGAUGGGUAACCCACCGGGAAUAGCAUCCUUAAGGUCCCUACUUUGUUGUUUCUUUUCUUCUUCUUUUUUGCUUAUUGUGAGGUGUUAUUUUUAAAAGUGUACUGAAAAGCAUAUUUAGUUAUUUCGGCCCGGAUUUAGAAAAAAAAUCCACAAACACGGCAGUACAGUUUGCGUGAAAAUCAUUACACUUCUGGCCCUAGUACUGAACUGAAAGUUUGAUCUAUCACAGGGUUGUCACUGAGGGCCGGGGUCGGGGGCCGGGGAUUUCCGAUCCCCCGGCUACUCAGAGUAUGGCCCCCGGCUAAAUGUACUUUCAUCGUUAAAUUAAACCAAAUUAAAUUUACCUUUGAAACACACAAAGACUAUCCAUCAAACUAAAUGCAAGUUUCAUCUGCAGCAGGUUUAAGUAAUUUUGAAAUUCUCGUGUGCUAAAACUAAGAAAUGUUGGAAAAAGACAUCUGACUUAGAUUAAAUUUGGUAUUAGUACACAUGCGCGAAAACUCUCCUUUCACGAAAUGUCAAUAGGGAGGUUUAGCGAAGACAACGGCGACAGCAACGAGAAUGUCAAAAAAGCAAUAGAGUGUUUUUACGUGACGUCACGGCAGCCAUAUUGGUGUCCCAAAACAAUGAAACGAUGGCCAUGUUGGUGUCCCAAACCAGUCCUGUGGGGGUUGAACUCUUCUGUUAUGCAAACGCUUUCUUUUGUUCCAAUAAAUUUGCAUAGAUGCUGGCCACGUGAGUGAAAACACUCUAUAGGUUUAUUGAGCAAAACAACUAGUUUGCACGUGCAUCACGCUUUUUUGUACAUUUCUUUGCCGUUACUGCACGACUACGACGUGAAAAUGCCUAUUUUCACAUUUUAUGGAGGACGCAAACAAGCGACGACAAGCUUUUCUUUCUCUUUCUGAACUUGAGUGUGGUCCCAAAGAAAUCAACUUCAGGGAAAUUGGCCUACAUUAGCUAUUUUCAGCGAAUUGAAAUAAACGUGACAAAGUUGGUAAAAACGCCAAUUCAUUUUAAAAGUGACGUUGUCGAAGCUAAAUGCCCCUAGUUUCAACCGUUGUGUCGGCUUUGUGUUGAACAUGUCGAACAAGUGGCAAAGGAAUCUGCACUCUUUGUUCACGAUGAAAGACCUGAGCAGAUCUCUGUUGACACCACAGAAGAAGUUGAGGCAUCAUUUGACCGUUAAAUCUCCCUGAUGCUGAUGUUGAUGUUGAAUAUAACGAUGAAGGCUUUGAAGAUGAAGACUAUGACUGAUUGCUAUGUUUAAAAAAUUGACAUUUAAGUGACCAGGUCUACAUUUAGCUUUAGGUAUCGAGUGUAUAGAAUAAUGCACAGUCAAUCGGAAAUGUUCGAUCAUUGUCCGCAGGUCAUGAUCACAUCCUCUCAAUUCUACUUCCAAGAAGUUAUAUAUAAAAGGGAAGUUAAGCAUUAGCAUUACUUUUGCAUUCUUCUCCUUGAGUCUCGUUUUGACAUCUCAGUGUCAUUUAUAAAGUAUUAGCCCUGUCUUUUAAACGCUUUUCUGUAGGUCAGUUUCUUUGUAUGUUAAGAGAUGUUUCGUUCCUAAAUUCGAGACCACCAAUGUUACCAGUUGUGCAGUUUAGUUUUGCCAUAUUUUAUCCGUGAUUUUUUGUACGUUACAUUUGUUUUAGCUUUAUCAUACUUUUAUUUUUCAACAAACCAUAGUAACCUUAUGUUUAUGAUGCUUUUUCGUACAUUCAUCGUCCGCUUGUCUUCUUUCCGCUUCUCCGUGGGUUAAUUCAUUUGUUAUUUUAGUUUUGUUUUUGUUUUGCGUAAGUUGUUUCGUUCUUACAUAUAACUAAAUGAGGAUUUACAAUUGAUUUUACAGCGCAUGUUAAUUCAUUUGUACCAUAUAAGAAUCGAUUGUCGUUUCCACGUUUUUAACAUUUUGUAAAGUAUCAUUGUGAUUUAACACUUCACUGGCCAGCAUACGCCUUGUCUGCAUGAAGAUAAGACUGCGCAGAUAACAUGACCGGUGCCUACCUGUCAUUCUUUUCAGACCUGGUGCUUACAUGUAUAUUCCCAUUUGGCGGCCACUAAAAAAACCUUCCAACGAGCCUUUAGGUAAAGUAAAAACUUAUUAUUUUAGUGUCUCAGAAUGUUGUAGUUUUCUUUAACAAAGACGUGAUCAUCAUAAAACCGCUAAUGAUAGCUGUACUCUUGAUGAAGAUUGCAUUUUUGGGGCGGUAAUGCCUUUUGGAAAAUGAUAGAAGUUUCAGUUCAAAAACUUCUUGGGGGGUGGGGGGGGGGGGUGGGGGGGGGGGGCUCCAUGACUGCUUGGGACUUCCCCUGCCACUAACAACAAAUACCUGGCAACUUGAAAUCUUAGUGACAACCCUGUUAUUAGCUUGGAAUUUAACAGGCAAACUACACUAUAUAAUAAAGGUGGGUUUUCCACGUUGUAAAAGGGUUUCCAAGCUAGAUUUUAGAGGGAAAAAAUAAGGUUUCAGCAGUAAAAAGCCAAACUGAAAUGCACUUGGGGGAAACAUAUCGUGCAACAUAAGCAAACUCAUCUGCAAAGUGAGACGCACUGAAAAUUGCUCUUGUAUCUCGAUUUUUGCUCACAUUUUGAGGCUACCAGCCCAAAUUGCUUCGAUGUUCUCUGCAAAAUACUUUUGCAUUGAAUAUGAAUAAUAAAUAAGGAUAAGAAUAAUGCAUCAGUCAAUCCCACUUGCGCCCAGGGGCAUUUGCAAAUUUUGCACUGCUCGGGGGCCAGGCAUUUGCCGACCCCCGGGCCAUUCCCGAGCUUUUGACAUGCACGCGGUUUCCCAUCAGAAUAUAACUACAAAAAAGGUUUGACUGGAAAAAAAGUAGAUUGGCUUGUCUGUAAAGGACAGGAAUAAAUUGUAGAGGGUUGUAAAGGCAUGUUCUCGAUUUUACAUGUAUGUUGCAUUUCUUCAUUACUUAUAAAGCCAGAAUUAUGUAGCGAAAUUGAAGCUCUCGAUGUGAAUUAACGUUUUUUGGUUAUUGAAUCAAAUUUCUGUUGAUAUUAUUUGAAGAACAUCCUUUCAUAUUUAUAAAACUAUUCAUAACAUAUAACAUUACAGCGCUCUAUUAAUUUUAAUGUCAAUAAUUUUAUAUCAAUAGUAAAACCAUAAACUGGUGCAUGUCGUCGCGGUGUGAAGUCUUAAUUAGAAACCUUGCGCUAUUACAAAGGAAGACAUUAAUUGAAACAAGAAAUCGCACGUUAAAAUGGCACUAUUUGACUGUACGAUCAAUGAAAAAUGUUGCAGUGUUGAUAGAGAAAGGGGCAUUUGCCCUCUUUUUGCGUCCCCACCCCGGGGGAUUUGACAGCUCAAGAGUCCCCACCCCCGGAUAUUUGCCAUCCAAGGCAAAAAAAAAUGCUAAUGCCCGGGGGUCAGUCCGGGGGGGGGAGGGGGGAGGCUGGGCGCAGGUGGAAUUGACUGAUGCAUUACAUCAAAGAUGUCCAAGAUAGCUCGAACUAAUUCUGAAGCAACUUCGGGACAUUCAGAUGCAACUUUGAAACAUCCCUCAGCAUUGCAAAUCCUUUACACAGGGCCAGCGCAGGGGGAGGGGCUGGGGGGACAGAGUCUGCCUCCUCCCUUUAAUUGAAGAGGUGGAGCAGCCCCCUCCCCCCUCCACUUGGAAAAGUGCUCAGCGGGCCCUGUUACAUCACGCUCCGCUGAAGUAAAAAGGUUCAAAGCCUUUCCUUGAUACCUUCAGAAGACAAAUGAUCAGUCUUUGACUUUUUUGCUUUGAAGCAAGCGAAUCGAACCAAAGUCAUAGCCAUUGUAACCACUGUAUAAAUUAAUAAAAUGAUAGAUAGCGGCCAACCGAACAACUUUAUUGGUUGCUCCUCUUUAGCCAUUUUAUCAUUUCAAUCAUUUUAUUUGAACCAACUGAUUGUUUUUGUCCCUUUUCCUCCAUUUCCCUCCCGAAACCCACAAGUGCACAAUAUUAUAGCUAAUUUUCUUAUGACAAACCACGUUAGGUCGUGGUGGAGCAAUCGGCUAAUCCCUCAACAUAGCGUCUGACAUGUCGCUGGUGAGUCGUAAGCCAAAACAAAUACAUAAAUUAUUAAUUUUUAUUCCUCGAAUAAGGAGCUGAAAGAAAUCGAAGUGAUUUUGAGAUAUCUUGAAGGAAUUCCGGUCUUACAUCAUGAAAUAGCCGUAACAAGCCAAAAAGUCACAAAACUUGUGUGUCCAAUCUUAAUUGCUCGAAACUAGUGCAUAAUUUAUAGCUAUUUUUCACACUAAAAACUACCUUGGGCCGCAGUGGUACAAUCUGCUAAUCCUUAACUUAGAGUUUCAUCUGAUCUGACAGCUGGCAGGUGAGUCCAGUUCAAACCCCGGAGAAGCCAAAAAUAAUAAUAAUUGUUUCUUCGUCUUCUUUCUCGAAUAAUAAAUCAAAGAAAUCAAAGUGAUCUCGGGAUAAAUCGAACUAGUUCUGUUCUCACUUUGUCAAAUAGCCCACUCUAACUGAAAACUCACGGACUUUGCAUGCCCAACCUAGUGCAUAAUUUGCAGCUAUUUUUCACAAUACAAACUAUCUUGGGCCGCAGUGACGCACUCGGCUAAUCCCUUAACUUAGAGUCUCAUCUGAUCUGACGGCUGGUGGGUGAGUAGGUUCAAACCCCAGGGAAGCCAAAAAUAAUAGUGGUUUCUUUUUCCUCGAAUAAUAAAUCAAAGAAAUUGCAGUGAUCUCAAGAUAAAUUGAACUAAUUCUGCUCUCACUUUGUCAAAUGGCCCACUCUAACCAAAAACUCACAGACUUUGGGAAAUUCCUGAGCAUCGCGAAUCCUUUACUUUGUGCUCUGCCGAAGUAAAAAGCCAUUUUAAAAAGAACGCAGUCUUCAGAUAAAUUUAUUAUUAUUAUUAUUAUUGAUUUAAUUAGGCAACAGCUAUUUAAUUAUUCUUGUGUUAUUUUUUUCUUUCCAGUACAAGAUUUAUCUAAGCUUGGAACAUAUGGGGGAAAUGAUAGCAUUGUGGCUUUUGCAAGAAAUCAUGGGGUGAACAUUGUCAUACAUCAGCUUAAUGAACCUCGAUGGGUGAUUAAUGGAGUUGAUUACUGCAAAAAUGGAGGGCAAAUCCGUGAGCUUCAUAUUUCCUAUCACAAUGGUGAACAUUAUUCGUCAAUACGGCACAUUAGUGAUAACACUUCAGAACCUGCUUGGGCAAAAAUAAACCAAGCAAUUUUCACUUCUGUUUCAAUGGUGAGUACACUAACAUCUUAAAAGAAACUUAAGUUGGUGCUCUACGAGUUUCCUUCUACUCAUAGACCCACUGUGUCUCACUGCAAGAAAGGGAAAUAAGUAAACUAACAGCUUUAACUUUUAUGUCAAAAUGAAAUUCAGGUUAACCUAGGUUAAUUCUCAAUAAUUACGGCUAGUAGAGAAAGGAAAUAAUAGAAAUUGAGAAUCAAACUACAAUAAUUGAACCUCCAUUAAGUGGCCACCACGGGAAGCCGACUUAAAACAUAAAAGACUUUAAAAGACUCAGGAUUCUUAAAUACUUUUUAAUACUUUAAUACUUUUCUUUGUUAAAUGAAAAUUGUUGUCUCUGUAAAUGUUUUACCGAAUUAUAUAUAUAUUUUUUAUUGACUGUUAGUAGUCUUUCUUGCAAUUUCAAUCGCUGUGUCGAUUGUUUUCAGUCGUACAUGAACAUCGCUUGCAGGAGUACUUAAAAUGCCGCACGUAUCAAGCGCUUUUAAAGAUUUACACACAGUUAUAAAACCAUUAAAUAAAAAAAUAAACAUAAUAAAUUUUUUAUUACUCUAAUAGCGAGCUCUUCGCAGCGAAGAACCAUGGGUAACAAAAUUUGGUAAACUAUCCAUCCGAGAAAAUUUGGUUAUGACGUAACGUACACCCGCCUGCCACCCAUAUACACACUUCAUGUAAGCAGAUAUCAAAUGUCACAAUGGAUCUUGCACAACUUGACUAGCCUUUCAUUUAUGUAAGCCAUCCGUAUAAGUAUGAUUAGAUUGACAGCUGUCAAAAUUAGACAUCCACUGACAAUUAUCACAAGACCAUCUCGCGGGCUCAGAUGAAAGACCAGUCAUUUUGCCCAACAUAUAAGCUGAUAUAAUAUGUCACACUUACCAACUCAACAUAAAAAUGAAACUACGCCGGGCAGGGCUGUCGGUCGGCUGACAGUAAUUUAAAGUUAUAUGCGCAAACAAAAUUAAGGUCAAUUGACAGGUGUCAAAAUGGGACAUGUGCAGACCACUAUGAGAAAACUAAUAAUGUGGGCUCAGGUCCGCUCAGGUACACGAUCUGGCAUUUUCCACUACAAGCCGGACGGAUAUGUCUUACUCGCACUCGUAGUCCGUAAAUUUGAAUGUUCGCCAUUCUAAUGAAGGUCAAUUGACAGCUGUCAAACUAGAGUAUCUGCUGACCAUCAUCACCUGACUGUAUCGCGGGCUCAUUUUUCUACCCAUUAAGGUCACAUAUUUUUUUAAGUUUUCCGCUGAUAUUUUGCUUGAUCACAGGCUCAAUAGUCCAGUUUUGAGUUCGCUAUGACUGCUGAAUUAAAGAACUGAAGACGCAUUUUUUACAGCCUUAGCCUCCACCUGAAGUAAUAUAUUCACAAAUUCCAACGAGAAAAAGACCUGUUUAUUACUCUGUCUAUUGUGUAUAUUCAAAUUUCAAACACUUACUUGCUGGAAUUUCUGAAUAUUUUACUUUGCAUCGAGGUUAACCCUGUAUGAAUGUGUCGUCAAUGUUCGUAUUCAGCGGUAAUUUUUAAUUCGAAACUAGACUAUUCGAAGCCCCAUAGCUUAGAAAAAUUAUCCAUCCUUGAAAAUUUGGAAAUCACGUGACUGUACACCGACCACCCAACCUUCGGUCCAUCCGCACCGCAGGCACACCAAUGUUUAAUCUCACACUUUCUAGCUAGUUUGGGAGCCUGCAACCUGAUACUGUACAUCCAUGUUUUGAUUUAUUGACAGCUGUCAAAAUAGUGUAUCUGCUAACCAGUACCGCCUGGCCGUAUCGUGGGCUCAGGUAUCGACCCCCUGAGUUCGAGUGUUUUUUUGAAGUUAUACGCUGACAAGUUGCUACUUUUCAAAUGAUCGCAGGCUGAAAUUAAAUUUUUUUGAAAUGCAUAUGAAAUAAGUCAUGUUCAUGAGCCGCACUUUUAAAAUUUUGAUUUCAAAUUGAUCUCGGAUGCGAAAAUUCAACCGGCUUUUAGAUGCAGGGAAGGCAAUUGGUCGCUUUUGACAAUUCAAAGAAAAUGUUCCGAAGAAUAGUUAGUUAUGAUUUUGGCUGUAAAAAGAAAGCUCUGAGCGAUUUUCUUGCCUCGAGUUCAUCUUGAAAAAGAGCAAACACUGGGAAGCCGGCUUAAAACAUAAAUACAUGUAAGCUUAUGCUUACCUGACUCAUGAUUUUCAGAGACCGUUUACUCUCAGUACUUGUCUCCGUGAAUGAAAAUUAUUGUCUCUGUACAUGGUGCACUGAAUUAUAUUUAUUUUAUUGAUUGUUAGUAGUCCCUCUCACAAUUUUUAUCGCUGCACCGGUUGUUUUCAGUCGUACAUAAACAUUGCAUGCAGGAAUAGUCAAAACUCUGUGAGUAAAUAUCACUCGUUUUUAAAGAUAAUUUACACAUGACAAAACCAUAAACACUUUUAUAAAUAAAGGGAAAUAAAACCUAAACAUAACAAAUUCUCUAUCAUGUUGAAGCAGAAAUGGUAACUCUAUUAAUUGCACUGCAAAUUUGGUGCUUGUCAAAAUUGAGAACCCGUCCGGCUAGCCAAAAAGAUGAUUUGGGGAAUUUUUUUAGCAGAGCUCUUGCGCGUGUGAAGUGCACGCAGUGGAACACCAUGGGUAACGAAAUUUGGUAACUAUCCAUCCAAGAAAAUUUGGUUAUGACGUAGCGUACGCCCAACCUUACACACACCUCAUGUAAGCUGAUGUCAAAUGUCAGAAUAGACCUUGCACAACUUGACUAGCCUUUCAGUUAUGUAAGCCAUCCGCAUGAGUAUGAUUAGGUUGACAGCUUUUUGUUUUUAUUUACUUUUCAGACUUUUAUUAAAAUAUUAUACUGCACAACGUUACAAUACUAACGUUACAUGACAUUGCAUGAUAUUACAUUACAAUGAUUUACAAAUACAUUACAUUACAUUACAUUAUGAACUUUAACGGUAAAGUAACUUAAUACAAAAAAAAAGAAAAAUACGUUCUAAUUAGUACAGACGACACUAGGGUACAGAGUCCAAGGGCAGAAACCACUUUUUAUUAAAUUUGUCCAUUUUAUUAGUUUUAACACAUUUUUACUUUUCUGUUUCAUACUUAAUUUUAACCUUGGAUGAAAAGGCAGUUAUGACUGGAUUUUAGAGUCUGAUUUCUUUUACAACCCCAUAAGUAUAGUUUAGCGAUCAGUGUCAAAUAAUUCAGUAAAGGGCAAUUUGUAUAUAAUAUUCCUGUAAUAAUGUCUUGUAAGGUCAGACAGAUGAAUUAUCUUGUCAAUGUGUAAUAGUAAUAUGGAAAUUCCUUCCAAAACUGCGUGGUGUGUCUACAUUCGAAAAAGAUGUGGAAUUAAGGACUUUGUAUUCAAAAGCUUUUAGAUAAAGUUCAAACGCUACCUCAUGUGGAAGAAGGAAUACUUUUUUCAGCUGGUCUUGGGUUAGAUUGAAAUCUUGACACAAGUGUUUGGAUUUUUUUGGACACUGGGCAAUUAUUCUUUUAAUUAUUAAGCUUAUUUCUGAGCAAAGACAGUUGCUAUUCUUUAAAUGUUUUGGAACAGAGUGAUGAAGCCCUGCCCAAUUUAGGUAGUUAAUCUUGCUAAUUUUAUUCGAAACAAUAGUAAAAGAAUUUGUGGUGUCAAAUAAAAGAUCAUUUAUGAAAAUGACAUCUUGUUCAAAAAGUUUUUUAUAGAAAACAGGCUCAUUGUCAGCAUGUAUCUCUUGUUAUUCCACAAAAUAUAUUGACAUUCCCUUCUACUAUCGAAAACACUACGAACUCAGACCACUUUUGAAGCAUUUCGGGAUAGAAUUUAGAGGGAAUAUGUAUCUCUUUAAUGUCAUAAUUACAAUAAAAUAAAAAAAAAAGAGGCCCUCAAAAGGUUCCAACGAAAACCAUAAAAAGCUUGAACUCCAAGCACCAUUGUUGCACUGGAAGAUCCUUUUCAUCCAGGUUAGUCGUAAAGAUUUAAUCAUACUUUCCAGAUCGAUCAUUUUUAAACCACCGUUUUCAUUUCAAGAUUGUUCUGUGUAAUUCAUAGCUGGUUUGCUUAUUGCACUUUUGGUUGAGAAAUGCACCGCUUGUCGAAGUCAUUGGAAAUCCGAUUUCGAAUGGCAUCGUUUUGAAAAAUGAGCUUACUCACUUGCCCUUGCUUGACGCGUACAAGGAGGGUUGAAAAGUCUCAAGCGAUUCUGGCCUGACUUGAUGACCUUCAGGAGCAGCAUCUCAACUGGUAAGCCUGAGCAAUUACUGUCUUUGAUGUGUUUUUUUUUUUUUUUUUUCGGUUUCCUGAGGUUUUUUUUUUUUUUUUUUUUUUUUUCGGUUUCCUGAGGUCGAGCGUAGUUUAUGUGGCUUAAGUUUAUACACGAGUAGUUCAUAACCUACAACAGUAUGACGUUUAAAAAGUCUUUAGACAUUUUUUGACCACAAAUUCAAUGAAAGAAUAUUUAGUUAUGAUUUUGGCUGUAAAAAGAAAGCUCUGAGCGAUUUUCUUGCCUCGAGUUCAUUUUGAAAAAGAGCAAACACCCGGAAGCCGGCUUAAGACAUAAAUAAGCUUAUGCUUACCUGAUUCAUGAUUUUCAGAGACACUUUACGCUCAAUAGACCUUGUCACGGUUUUUGACGCCAUCUCUUGACGAGAAAUUACAGUGUUUGUAUGAGAAUCUAAUGUCGAAUAAUUUCCGUAAGACGGCUGUUCUGAAAAAAAAAUUAAUUGUAAACUAAAGCUACAAAGCAAAGGAUUGUCCUAAAAAAUUUUGGAGGCGUACCUGUGGUUAAAUUUUUUUAUCGUUUUCACUAAAAGCCCAUAAUUGUUACCCUGCAUAUCACAUAGGACCAGAUUUUUGUAACUGAAAAGUCCCAGCAUUAUGGAAUUCUCUUCAUGAAAACGUUUUAUAAUGUGGUCAGUGCUAUAAUUUGUUGUGCAAAGGAAGCACGUGCUUCAAUCGUCCUAGAUAUUGACUGAGUGCAAUUCGUCUUACAAAAUUGUGAAAAACUGCUGAAUUAUAGGUUUAAAUAGUGCAAAAAAAGAACAAAUUCUGUCUGAGGUCUGUAUGACAAAAAAAAACAGUGCCUCAUAGUACUAUUUACCUCAGACGUGAUGAAAAAAAAGUACGUUUAAAAGGCUGGUUUACACACCACCAGAUUUGUCGCCAAGAUUUACUUGUAAAGUAAACUUGUCGAACACAAAAAAUCCGGCCUGAUUUUUUAUUUUGGCCUCCCUUUUAAACAGAGGAAUGGAAAAUGUAAAUUGGCUGCCACCGAGGACUAUCAUGUGUUUCAUAAAAUUAUAUUUAAUUUCGGAGCUGUCCAAUUAUCCAUAGUCUCUCAAACGGAGUUGUUGGAGAGACUCUGAAUUAAACUUGUAAAAUUAAGGUGAUGGGCGACUGGAUUAUUUUAUGUGGGAAUAGACCAAUUCGGUUAACUCAAUGUUGUACCCAAUUCAAACCCCUUGGGAAUAAAACGUUUUGUUUCAGGAAUUUCCACAUUAUGAUGCAAAUACAAUGCACAAAUAGGUCUAUUUCUUUUCCAGGCCUAAUCUACUGUGAUCAAACAUGACUGCUAUUUUUAGGUGUACAAAUAAGACUAUUAAUUCGAUGUAAAAUUUGUUUCACUCUCGGACUGUCAAAUUAUUUUUCUCUAAAAUCACUCUGCCGUUGCCUCAAAAUUUAAGUCAGAUGAAUAUGCCCUGAUCUGUGGAUUACAAGUUUAUGGUUUGAUUUAAAUUAUGAAUUUAUUAAUGGGAGCUUCGCAUUUAGCCCUGGCGAAAUCUAUAUAUUUUUGUUUUCACUAAAAGCCCAUAAUUAUUACCCUGCAUAUCACACAGAAGCAGAUUUUUCUAACUGAAAAGAUUUAUUCUGACUGAAAAGUCCCGGCAUUCUCUCUUCAUGAAAACUUUUUAUAAUGUGGUCAUGCAAUGCUAUGGUUUGUUGUGCAAAGGAAGCCCAUGCUUCAAUUGUCCUGGAUAUUGAAUGAGUGCAAUUUGUCCUGCAAAAUUGUGAAAACCUGCAGAAUUAUAGGUUUAAAUAGGGCAAAAAAGAACAAAUUCUGUCCGAGGUCUGUAUGAUAAAAAAAAAAAACAGCGCCUGACAUAGCAAAGUUUACCUCAGACAUGAUGAAAGAAAGUAUGUUUAAAAGGCUGGUUUACACCAGACAGACAGAGGAAUGGAACGUGUAAAUUGGCUGCCACCUAGCUGGACUAUCGUGUGUUUCAUAAAAUUAUAUUUUGGGGGCUGUCCUGCAUUUAUCCAUAGUCUCUCAAACGGAGUUGUUGGAGAGACUGUGAAUUAAACCUAUAAAGUUAAGGUGGUGGGCGACUUUAAUACAAUACACGAAUAGGUCUAUUUGUUUUCCAGGCGUAAUCUACUGUGAUGGAACAUGAUUGCUAUUUUUGGGUGUACAAAUAAGACUAUUAACUUGAUGUAAAAUUUGUUUCACUCUUGGACUGUCAAAUUAUUUUUCUCUAAAAUCACCUAGCCUUUGCCUCAGAAGUCACAUGAAUGUGGCCUGUGGAUUACAAGUUUAUUGUUUGAUUUAAAUUAUGAAUUUAUUAAUGGGAGCUUUGCUUUUAGCCCUGGCUAAAUCUAUAUAUUAAUGUUCUUUCAAACACUGACAGCUCGCACUGCAAAUUUGGCACUUGUCAAAAGUGAGUAUCGGCUAGCUGUAAAGGUGAUUUUGAAAAUUUUUUGAACAUUUUUGAAUGAAUGCAAUUUGUCUUGCAAAAUUGUGAAAAACUGCAUUCUGCAUUCCAAGGUCUGUACGAUUAAAAAGCAGCGCCUCAUAGUAUGUACUGUUUACCUCAGAUGUAAUGUAUAACUGAAAAGUAUAAAAGGCUGCUUUACAUGCCACCAGAUUUGUUGGCCAGAUUUUGUAAAGUAAACGUGUUGAACGUAAAAAAAUUUGGCCUAAUUUUUAUUUUGGCCUGCCUAAUGCAACCUAUAAAUUACGUGUAAAUUGGCUGCCACUGAGGACUAUCAUGUCUUCUAACCAGCCCUUAUAGCAUAAAAUUAUAUUUUGGCGCUGUCCAAUUAACCUUAUAAAACACAGGUGGUGUGGGUGGGCGACUGUGUUAUUUUGUUUGAGAAGAAUUUGUUUUCCAGGCCUAAUCUACUGUGAUCAAGAGCCAUUAUGCUCUUGACUGUGAUUGAAGAUGAUUGCUAUUUUUUGAGUGUACAUACAGUGUAUAGGGCUAUUAACUCGAUGUAAGAUUUGUUUUACUCUUGGACAGUUUGCAAAUUAUUUUUCUCUAGAAUCAGUUAGCCUUUCCCUCAAAAGUCACAUGAAUGUGCCCUAAAGUUAACUGAUUUGUGGAUUACAAGUUAAUUGUUUGGUUUAAAUUAUAAAUUUAUUAAUGGGAGCUUCGCUUUUAGCCCUGGCUAAAUCUAUUUAUUAUUUUUAAAUAAAGUGUAUCAGUGCUUAAUUGCUGCUAAAAGGUGGCUCCGGCUGUUUAAUAGAGGUGACCGAGACCGCUAAUAGUCUUUUCUGAAAUUAUUUCAGGUCGAAAGUUUUCAAGCUCUUCUGAAAGUGCUUGAAAACUUUCUUCGCGCCAUUUCUCCCGGCUCUUUAUGGGUCCCCGAGGAUACCUAACCCAUUUGACUCUGGAAAUUUUUUCGACCAAUGCGUUUUGAAGCUGUUCUAGUCAAGGGGUAUUCUGGUCACUGUUGUGCUAUAAAGAGCUAAAACUUACCAUGAAGCCAUUUACAGGGCGUACACUUUGCAGCCUUUUUGAUCCAGAUGCAAAAUAUUAGCUUGUGAAGUUCAGGCAUGCACAGACAGCAAAAUUUCGAGAUAGUUUUUCGGUUAACAAGUGAAACAGAGGUCUUGACUGUUACUUUUUGCUUUCUUUCCUCCCCUCUUUUUUCGCUUUUCUUGCCUCAUUUUUUUCUUUUGCUGGCCAUUUAGUAGGUUUCAUUUUGGUGGGAAAAGCUUUUGGGAAAGCUUUAAGGAUCUUAAGAUUAGAUGAAAGGAAAGGUACAUGUACUAUAGCUAAGGUGAUGGUGAUUAAUAUUUCUACCAUAGGUGCAUGAGUAGACUAUUCUAAGCAAAAUUAACUCUUAGGUAGUGGAGAAAGAUUUUCAUGGAAAUUUCCAGGUCAAUGUUACAUGAUUUUUUUGCCUUUUUCUCCGGUGUUGUUGACUGAAUUGUGCUCAUUCUGGGAUGGUUUGAAAGAUCUCUUCACUCUGCACAAGUUAGCGGACAAAGUUGUCCUUGACCAUUAAAACUGAUGAUGUCACGAGCGGUAAAAGGGACAUGGAUCUGCACAGGCAGUUACGGGUGGAUCAGGGGCAAAUUGGUUAAUACAAGGUGGCUGCUUAAUGUGGAGCUUCAACUGCAGGUUGAAACUGCUCUUAACUGAAUUUUAUUUUGACCUUCAAAACAGUCAAAACAUGAUAAUAUGAUUGGGGUAUCUUGAAUUUUAAUCUGGGCAGUUUAUCAAAUGGUUUCUUGCAGUCUACUGAAGUACAAUGUUCAGAGAACAGAAAAGAGAAGAAGACCAAUGGAAAAGGAAAAAGCAAGCAGGCUAUAACAAGCAGUACUGACAAAGGCAUAGAUCGUACUCUACAAGAGAGUGAUCUUAUGGCAGCAGAGGAAUUAGUGUCGACAGCCACAGGUUGUAAGGUACUUAAUCACUUUAUAGUUUACUCGCUGACUCUUGUGCUUUUGUUACACUGUACUGUAUCACAUAGCACAUCACAAUCCAAAUCCUUGCCAUCUUACAAGUUAUUUUGGGCUUCCUUCAGUGCCUCAUCAAAACACACAAAACAAUAUGUACUAGCUAGCUAAGUUCUUGUUAGUCUCUCUCUACCAUGUCACUGCAUCUCAUCCACUGCCUUUUGUGGCACCUUCCUCAUAUUGGCUCCCUGUAAAAAAUCUCAUAGGAGAGCGUCAUUGGAGCCUUACAGACUAUGUGACCUAGCCAAGUUAACUGUUUCCUUGAAGACCAGGGGCUCCAUUUCGUCCAGUUUUUUUUAGUACCUUCUCAAUAAUUCUUACUUUGUCAUACCCAUAGUAAUCUUCUCAAAAAUGUAUUAUUAAAGGCUGAUAGUCUUUUUUCUUUCUACCGUUAUAUUGUAAAUAAUGUUCCAGGCUGCUGCACUAUAUAUCAGUGUUGUAUUGCAGUCAAACCUCUGUGAAGUGCCCACUGAGUAGCAUAUCCUCAUUUCAGUGUGUAGACUGGUCGCUCUAUGCUUAAUAAUGGGUAAGGUCCACUAAAGGUAUCUGCUACAUGUCCUAUGCACAAUUUUGGCUCAGGGAUUGGUGACGUCACUCCAGCAUGUGAAAAUUUAAUACCAAGUUUAAGAAAGUUUUUACUGUUUUGCUAGGGUUGUAACAUGAACAGAACUCACACAAUAUUUGGUCUUCAUUUAUUCUCAGGAUUUGGUUGUAAUAAAACAAGCUCUGAUGGAUAAUAUGUACAAUGUUGAUGCUGCCAUUCAUUACAUUCUUCAGUUGAUCUAUGUUGCUGAGGAAACAGGUUUUUUCUUCCUGGGCAUUUAUCUUUGUUCUCUUUUUGAUUAAUUAAGAAGAUUCUUGCUUGAACUCCUAACAUUAAUUUGCUGUCGGGGAGGAAGAUUUUUAUUUGAAUAUCGCAGGUUGGAUUGAAACACGUAAAAUAAUGUAAACCUUGUUUUAAUUAUUGCUGAGGUACAUCUUUACCAAUCAUUACCAGAAAAUGUAAUUUAAAUAAAGUUAAAAGUAAGAGGUUCAUUUAUAGUGGAAAGUGCACUUAGCUUGCUAGUUUACAGGCGUUCCACUUAAACAAUUAGAAAAAUAUAAUCCAAAGAGAAACAGAAUUUAAAACUGCAACUGACAGGAAGCAGCCAGUUGGCUAUUUACAAGCAUGGCCUCUGAUUUGAACUUGGGACAACCCAGAAAUCCAGAAAGUGGCCGGAGCGGGACUAAAACCUGGGAAUGCUACAUCAUGACAAAGUCUGAUGUGCUGACCGGCCACUUGGACAUGCUGUCUCCUAACAGAUGUCAGUUUCAUUAUUUUGAAAAUACAGUACAUUUAUUGUUAUUCAUUAUGAAUAAAAAUGCAUGUCCGUCUGACAUACAGUAGUAAGGAUGGCUAGGUUGGUUUAAAUUACAUCUUAAUUUUUAAAUUUUAUUUCCUUUGUUUUUUAUGGCAUAAUAAAAAUUCAUAUGUAAGGAUUAUGGAAUUUUGGGUCCCGAAUAGCAGAUGUUUUUCCCAAGAAACGUCCCCAUUGGUGAGGAGUGAGGGAAAAUGGCUGAAUUGGCAGUCUAAUAUAUUUCAUCAAAGCAAUAAAUUAUUAUUAUUUUAUUCAUUCAACAAUUUUUUUAAUCUGACUGAAUACUGAGAAGAUGUAGCCCAAAAAAUCACUGCUCGACGUUAUGCAUGCUGGAAUGCAGAUUUAAAUUUAAUUCAUGUAUGAGAUGAUAGUAAUGGUAUAAUAUCACUAAAAGUUUUUUUACAGAGUGACUCUUACACAUGCACUAAUUUAUCUGUUAUGUAAAAAUGUAAAAUUAAAAAAUAAAUAUUGUAGACUAAAAAUUGAUAAAAGGUAAAUGUAAAAGGUAAAUGUAAGGUAGAUUUGAUAAAAAAAAAUUAAUUUGCAAAUAAAAAUUAAAGGUAUAACAGCUAGUAGAUAAAGAAUACAAGAGGAACCCAUAAGUGUAUCUACAAUCUAGGACUAAAAUUGCUUAGAAUUUUGCACUUUCUUACCCACAAAAUGUGUAUCCCGUGGAUUGGGUAUCCAGUUCGACUUCAACAUUGCUUUUGUGGGAAGGGGGAGUAUUUGAAGUGGGUUUUUUUUCGGGGAUAUGAAUACUCUGGAGUAUGGGGAAAGAUACUGCUGAGCUGAAUUUACUUCCCUGUGAAAAUGUCUCAAAUUUUCACAAAUUCUGAGGUGAUUAGGGAGGUUAUUAAAAAUCUUUCCAGGAGAGCCUUGAAAGGAUUUUAUCCUGCAGCAUAUGGGUAGUGCAGAAUUAACUGUUGUUGUUUCUUGGAAUUCACAAAAACAUUUUAAUAGCAGUUACACUCUUUUCUUAAGAAAAUGGCCUUGACUGGGCACUGUGAAAAAGCUGUUAGGGAUUGCUCCCCAAGCUCUUACAAUGACCAGUAUCACCUCCACUUUGUGCAUAGACCACGUGUCAUGUUUAAAGGACGAGUUGGCAUUAAUCCAAAGUUAGUUACCAUGACAACUGAUACACUGUUUACAUUAAACCAAGGAUUCAAGCUAAUAAGGCUUUUAACAGCUCGGUCCAGAUGUAUUAAUAAUAAUAAUGACAGUAUUGUCAUUAAUAUUAGUGUUGCAACGGUAUUAAUAUAAUUUUGUUUGGUGUUGUUGUUUUCAUUGUUUCAGGGCACAGAUUGUCGCAGGAUCUUGUUUCAACUAGUAAUAAGCUAUCAACUGAACAGAUUCAAGCAGAACUUAAGUCUUCAUGUGAUGCCACAUGUGACAUUAUUGAAACAAGUAGGCAUUGUGAGAACAGGGAUGGUACUUGUAAAACUUGUGUUAACUGUUUUAAUGACAAUGAAAGACGUGGACAGCAAAGAGAGGGAUCUGUAACUCAUUCACAUGCUCAGCAGACUGAAGGUUUUCAAGGCUUUAUAGAAGAUCUAAAGGGAACUCUAUCACCAAGUACCCAGAAGACAAAUCAAAAUUACGAACAUCAAGGUGCAAGGCCCAAAGUUAAGAGUAGAACUGAAAAUAGGAAGGAAUCAGGCAUUGCACAAAAUUUGAGCAACAAGAAAAGAAAGGAACUUGCAAAGCAGGAGAAAAAGAAUCGUAGAGAAGAGAGGAGAAAGGACAAUGCUAGUUCACAUAUUGACUCUGACUCUGCAACAACUCAGAAACAACAUACUGCAUCAGCUGUUGUUCCUGAUUUAGGCAUUCUCGCCAUAUGAAUUCUUACUGUCAGUAACUCCAUAGGAUUCUGACCAAAU